UGAGGUUAGGUACAUAAUAAAGUAUUCUUCGAUUCUAGACGUGAGGCUUCCAAAGCUAAGAGUCGUUGCAUAGGAUACGAUGUUUCAGCGGCCAUUUUCGUUCUAACAAUUUCAAUACGUCGAUCUACCAUUUUUGUACCGAAUUCGUAAAUCAAGAAGCGAUCCUUCGAUCAAACUUCUCCAGCUGUGAUCGAAUACUGCGCCAUAUCAUAAUUAAUGGUGAUGACGAAGGAGAGGGGUAAAGAGAAAACACUGUGGCAUUAAAAGGUAUCGGAGUACCAAACUACGCGAUGUGUCAAGCUGACACAUGUUUAGUAACAUGCUUUUUUGUAAUUGUCUAAUAGCCUAGCGCUUGUAAAUAUCAGCAAUGGAAGCUGAAACGGAAUACUACCCAAACAUAAGUCAAUAUACAUCUCCAUCAGCAGAUCAAUGUGUGCUGGUGCGAAGAAAUACAACAUUUGUUACAAAUUUAUAUAAUGGGGUACCUGAUAAUCUUUUGAUGAAUAGUGUUGCUUUUUUUUGUUUAGUAUUAUUAUUUGGUCUAUUACGUAAAAAAGCUUGGAAUUAUGGAAGAUUGGCUCUCUUACACAAAACAGAAAAUCGUUGGAUGGAGCUAUUUUAUGGUGAUAAUGAAACAAGAGAUGCUGAAGUAACAUGCAUUGAAGCAUCUGUUAAUUCACAUCUAUCUCAUGCGGAUAGAGGAUUUUUAUCAUGGAUAGUUACAGCCUUUAAAUUACCAGACGAAGAACUACUAAAAAGAGCAGGUCCAGAUGGUUUACUAUAUGUCUCGUUUCAGCGUCAUCUUAUUAUACUAACUGCUGUGAUGACAGUAGUUUCAAUCUGUAUAUUUUUACCAAUAAAUUUUCAUGGAAAUAUUGUAGGUGAUACAAGUGCUUUCAGCCAUACUACUCUAUCAAAUCUAGAUUCAAAAUCUCCUUGGCUUUGGAUGCAUACAUUAAUCCUUUUGUUAUAUUUACCUAUUGGAGCAUAUGUCAUGCGACGAUUUAUAAAACAAGUUCGAGAUAUAAAACCAGCAGGAGAGCUAGCAGCAAGGACCUUAUUAAUUACGGAAAUACCAAAACAUCAAUGUAAUGUUGAAGGUUUAACAGAGUAUUUCAAUGAAGCUUUUCCAACUUUAACAGUUGAAGAUGUCACCUUAGCAUAUGAUAUUAAACAACUUUCAAAACUGGAUGCAGAAAGAGACUGUGCAGAACAGGCAAGACUAUAUUGUGAAAAUUAUAAUAGAAGAAAAGGGCCACUAAAAUUAUAUCCUCAGCCUUGUGGUCAGAUUAUAGGAUGUUGUUUUAAACAAAAACAAGUAGAUGCACUCGAAUUUUAUACAGCAGAAGAAGCUCGUCUAACAGCCCUUGUUGAAGAGGAAAGGAAAAUUGCCUUAAGUCGACCCAUAGGAGUAGCAUUUGUAACACUUGGCACACCAGGUACCGCGAGAAGUAUGCGUCGUCAGCUGCGAUCUUCACCGUCAAUAAAAUGGGUCGUCGAUUACGCUCCCGCUCCCGCGGACAUAUUUUGGGAGAAUUUGAGCAUAGCCAGGCCAUGCUGGUACUUCAAUGCAAUUCUCAUAAAUUCCUCAUUGUUCCUCAUAAUGUUUUUUCUCACGACUCCAGCUGUUGUAGUGACGGCGGUGAACAGUCUACCAACAACGGGCGAGAUAAAAAAAUUAAGUCCUGUGCUGUCUGCCUUUCUACCAACGGUCUUACUGGUGAGUGUAGCAGCCCUUAUGCCAGCGUUGGUUGGACGAAGUGAACUCCUUGUCAGGCAUUGGACAAGGAGUGGUCUCAACGGGGCCGUCAUGAGAAAGACACUACUAUUACUGUUACUCAUGGUACUUAUUUUGCCGAGUCUCGGACUUACCAGUGCACAAGCUCUCUUUGAAUGGACGGUUAAUAGCCCCAAUAAAAAGGCGAGAUGGGAGUGUAUUUUUCUGCCCGAUCAGGGUGCUUUGUUUGUAAACUACGUGAUUACGGCAGCCUUAUUAGGAAGUGGUCUUGAGCUUGUAAGAUUUCCCGAGUUAGCACUCUACACUUUCAGACUUUGUAUAGCUAGAAGCCGUGCAGAGCGUAUUUAUGUCAGAAAAGCAGUGUUAUGGGAAUUUCCAUUAGGUGCUCAUUAUGCUUGGCUUCUACUGGUUUUCACAAUGACCACAGUGUAUAGUUUAGCCUGUCCACUUAUUACACCAUUUGGAUUGUUGUAUUUAUUAAUUAAACAUUUAGUGGAUCGACACAAUCUUUGUUUUGCUUAUGGACCGAGCGUUGGAGGUGGUCAAUUGUCCGGAGCAGCGGCCAACGCUGCGGGUGCAGCUCCGGUCCUUGCCCAGGCAUCAUUUAUGGCCUUGGGCCUUGUGAGAACCGGUCUGUCGCCAUUAGCUGCUGUUCAACUAAGUGGACUCGCUGUAAGCAUUUUAGGCCUUGUCACAGGAGCAACUUUGCCCGCUUCCAAGCCUAAGAAUCAAUCAUCGAAACGAGAUUUGUCUGCAGGUCAACAUUUUGUUGCUCCAGUACUACGGAAAAAGCUAAAUGUCAAUCAUCUAGAGGAAACGCUUACUGGUUCUACUUCUGCACAAAGUUCACCAAGUACGAAAGUUUAUUCCACAAGUUCUUUCACUCAAGGAAGUCCAAAAUUAUAUCAGGAUUAUGGUCGAAAACCAACUAAUGUUUAAUCCGUUACAUUAACAGACUGUUAUUUUUCUUCUUUUUUGUUUCUAUAUACUUACAAAAAAUGAUAAUCGGUUGUAUCAAUCGGUCUUUUUAUUCAAAAGG